AUGGCCCAGGAUCAUAUGGCCAUCACUCAAAGCAGCGGAUAUAAUAACGAAGGCUGGGCCACCAUCAGUCCGUAUAAUCAAAGCCCAUAUGACAGCAGCCCGAUGAACGAGUACCCCGGUUUUGGACCGUUUGUGCCUCACGGAAUGCCAUCCGAGUCUCUAAGCAGAAUGCCGCCGCCGGGACAACACCAGCAGCAAAUCAUGCACCCCUCCGCAUCAAUGGGCCACCACCAACUCCCUAUGCCAAAUACGACGUGGCCAAGCCAAUUGACGAAUCCGAGCCCGACUUCGGGAAGCCUCUCCGCCCCUACUGUGUCGAUGCCCUCAGUGCCUCGAAUCCAACCUGCCAUAGAUGUGCCCAAAUUGACUAGCCAAGGUGAAAAGUGCCGCAAAACGUUGACAACCGAGCAAAAGCGGGCAAUGUGUCAAUACCACGAAGAGAAUCCAGGAACUAGACAAGCCGAUAUUGGUUUGAGAUUUGGCGUCGAGCGAAGUACGGUUUCCAAAGUCUUGAGGCAUAAGGAUCAGUAUCUAAGACGAGAUCAGGAGCCAGAUCCUGCGGCGCUCAAGCGUGGUGGCAAAGCAAAGAAUCCCGAUUUCGACAGAACGCUUAGCAACUACGUUCGGCGGCAGCAGCAGCGUGGAUUUGACAUUGAGGAUGACGAAAUCAUGGAGCAAGCACGGCUGUUUGCGCGAGCCAGUGGGAACCAGGACGGGAUCCUGGUGAAUCUGACCAGCAGUUGGUUGCAAAAGUUCAAACAAAAGCAUGGUAUCGGUACUGCUAAGCUCCCACGCAGAGCGUCCGAGACGAACAUUCCCGACAAUCGGAUGUUGAGCCCCCGAAUCACCCGUCAUGAUGCAACGUCAAAAGAGGUGUCCCCCACCUCUCCAACGCAACCCAUGUCGCCUCUGUCCGGCAGCCGGAGCGAUGACGAAGGACAACGGGAGCAGAAUAUUGAAUUCGAUUUCCCCUUCCGACAACAAGAAUCCCAUUCGACGGCAGCUUCCCUGGCAAGCGACGCACGAGAUUGCGCUGCUUCAUCGUUUUCGGGAGGAACGUUGAGCCCAACUGGCCCCUUUACCUUUUCCCCGGAUCCCAAUGUAGGAGGAUUCCAGCCUAUGUCGCUUCGUCACGACCUGGCCCCGGAUUUCCAUCAUCGAGAGAAGAGAAGCAAUACCUUCCCAUCAAUUGACAUCAGCUUCAAAAGCCAGCAGGGGCCUGUCCCGGAGCCCGUGACACCACAACUCCCCCCUCCCGUCAGCGCCCCUUCGGUCCUUGAGUCGCCGACGAACGAAGCUCAGCCGGGGCCCUACGCCAUCAACACCGGCCUGACCUCGCCGCCGAGUCUUCAUCAUCACUGCGGAAGCAAAUCAAGCAUCGCUGUCCGCAAUUCCAUGGCCCCGGCUGAAUCAUCUCCGGUGUCGCCUUCCCAAGAAGAUGCCCGCCGCGCAGCCAAUACUCUGCUGAGCUAUCUUCAGAACAGUGGGCAGUCGUUCCAAGCGAGCGACUACAAUGCCAUUGUACAGCUGACGAAGAAGCUCGAAAUUCAUCAGCAAAUGAACCACCGACCAUCUGUGGGAGGAUUAUCGAGAAUCCCAGAGGGCGACACGGAAAUGACGUCGUCCACGGGUCCCGCAUUGAUGCAAGCAGGAUGA